AUGCCGAAAAAUUUCGUACUACCCACCGCCCUUGAGCCAUACAAGGGGUUUAGUGAUCCCCGGGCUCAUAUUAAGAAAUUUCAAUCUAUGAUGUUUUUUAACGGCGCUAACAAUGAACCUGUGCUUUGCCGAGUUUUUCCUACUUACCUUGAUGAUGCUGCAUUACUCUGGUUUUCUAAGUUGUCUGCAGGUUCAAUUUCUUCUUUUGAGGAGCUGGCGAGAUCCUUUAUCGAUUACUUUGCUGCAUCAAGAAUAUAUGUGCACGGAUCAGACUAUCUGAGCACUAUCAAACAAGGACAACAUGAAAGCCUAAAGGACUACAUGACUCGGUUCGCUGAGGCAACCUUGGAGAUUCAAGACUUAGAUCCGGCAGUCCACCUGCACGCCCUUAAAGCCGGCCUCAGACCUGGCAAGUUCAGGGAGACGAUUGCGGUAAUCAAAGCAAAGACACUAGAAGAGUUUCGAGAAAGGGUUGCAGGUCAGAUGAAGAUCGAAGAGCUCCGCGAAGUCCAGAAAACAGAUAAACAGCCACACAGAAGAAAUGAGAAAAAAAUUUUCAGGCCACCGAGCAACAAGGAACCAAAGAAUCCCUUUAAGCUCACACCAAAAUUCAAUACUUACACCAGGUUCAACAUUAAGAGGGAGAACAUCAUCAAGGAGAUUCUUAAUGCCAAAAUAGUAAAACUACCGGCCCGAGCAAGAAGUUACCAAGAUCAAAGGUUCAUGGAUAGAAGCAAGUAUCGCGCUUUUCAUCAAAAGUUUGGACACACUACUGACGAAUGCAUCGUCACCAAAGACCUACUCGAAAGACUAGCAUGCCAAGGACUCCUAGACAAAUACGUCGAAGGAUGUAAAACCAAGGAAGCCAGCUUGGACAGAGAUGAGCUCCAACAAACAUCAACAGACAAGGACAAAGGGAAACGGACAUCACCCAACCCGCCAAGUGUAACAACCCAACCUUCAAUACGUCAUGAUCGUACCAAAAGUAAGGUGUUACUAACCUAUUUUCCUUACUAA